UCCAAAGCAGAUUUCCUAAGCAUAAGUAGGGUGACUCUUCUGGGAGGGUGAACUUAUAUUCAUAGAAUCGGUGAAUUUUAACAAUUUUUCUAGGUUAUUAAGAUUAAGUUUACAUAACUUGCAUUUCAGAUGAUUGUAAUCCUUUCGAAGAGAGAGACCAUGUUGUUUCAGAUGUUGGAUUAUCAUUUGAACUUGAAACCGGCGGUGAAUCAUGUGCAUCCGUUGAUGUUAUUGAAGAUAAAACAGUUGAGGAAUGUAUCUGUGAAGCAAAGUCCAUCCUCAAUGAGUACACCAAUCCAAACAGACAACAGUCUUGGACAAAGCGCAUGGAGAACUUGAGUUCAAACUGGGAAUCAUGUCGCCCAAAACUUUUUGCCACAGUGCUAUCCUGUAUGGGGAUAUCGACAAGAAAGUGUGAGAGGUGCCUCAGUGGAAAUGCUGUGUUACAAUGCAAACAUUGCAGUUAUCAGCAUCUUUGCCUCACCUGUGAUAAUAUUAUGCAUACAGAUAAUGUACUGCAUGACCGAGAGGUGUUUGUCAAUGGUUUCUACCAGCCAGUUGCACCUACAGUGUCGUGUAAUGGAGAUACUUUGAUAAAAGUCAUGAGAUAUUUACCAUUCAAAUCUGAAAAUUGUCCAAAUUGUGGUAGUGGUAAAUUUGAGAGGCAAGGAGCUUUGGUGGGACAAACUAUUUUGAUAACCAUUGAAGGGAGGUUUGACCUUGACACUACAACUUUCAAGUGUCUAGAUUGCAGCCACUGUUAUAGCCCUAUWCUAGAAAAUAUAAUUCAACUUAAUUUGUGGCCUGGUACUCCAAAAUGCUUCACCCAUUUGUUUGACCAAAAUCUCUUCCAGUUUUGGGACAAUUUACAAAAGCAAAUCCCUGGAAUUUCUCAACGUUCGUUUAUUCGUUCAUUGGAAGAAUAUUCAGUAAACAAAGGAAGGACUGGUAGUAUCAACAGUACAACAUUUAAAACAGCAUUCCAAGAAUGGAAGUACUGUAUGUUUGAGUUAGAAAAGAUACAGAAAAAAAACUGGAUGGAAUGUCCACCAUGCAGUAUCAAUCAACACUCUGCUCACGCAGAUGGAAAUAUGAAGCUGUAUCGCUUCAAGAAGGCUGGCUCGAGGCAGCGUACAUCAUAUUAUGGAGAGACAUUCAUUGCUUCAAAUGAGAAGGUGGAUGCCCAUAUAAAAAGUCUUUACAGUGGCAAGAAAAAAGAAAUGAUUCAGGCAAGAAAGUCAUUUGUAGAAAAAGAUAACACUUGUGGUGAAACAACAUGGGCUGCAGCAACAAACACACUAAAGAAGAAGAAGAAUCUGGAUGAAACAGGUCUAGAAAUACUUGGGUGUCGCCACAGCUUGGCACAAAGUGCUCUCAGCAUGUUUUAUGGAGAGGUUUAUGGUUAUCCCCAUUACCUCAAGAAACAACUGCAGUCUGGAAAGACAGAGAACAUGUAUUUCUACCUUGACAUCAUGUGMAAAUUUUGGCCAUGGCUCCAAAAAAAUGAUCCCAAAAUGACAACCACCAUGAAACCUGCACUCUCAAUAAUGCACGCGAAAGCGCACUCUUGGAGUUGCCAGGUAACUUGGGGAGGAAGAUGGCAAGAUGGUUCCGCUGGAUCAACAGGGGAAGAAGUGGAACAAAUAAACAGCCAUUUUUCUCGGCUUGGUAACAGUACAAAGCACAUGCUUCCAGAGGGGCGUGAAGAACUCAUAACUGAACAUGCCAUGAGGUGGAAUAAGCACAAGAUUGAGAACAUGUCCAAAUCUUUGGCCAARCGAUAUGUCAAGGCAAGUAAAGUACAAUAUAUUUCUUGUAACAAAACUCUUCAAUAUGUGAAAAAAAAAUCCUACACAGGUUAAGAAGCAGUUGGAUACAGCUGAAAAGGAAAUACUAAAGCUUAUUAAAGAAUACAAAGUUCAAGAGGAUGAUUUUGAUGGAGACAAAUGGAUAGGGGAAGUGAAAACAAUAGCCAAGGGUAGGAAAUAGACUUCUUAUCAAUAAUUUUGUUCAGAGGUGACAGUUCCUCAAUUGACAUGUUUUAUUUGUGUGUGUCUUUCAGAGGAGCAGUUUAAGGCUCAAGGCACAAGUGUAUUUAGUGUGUAUGAAGAUGUAUUUAUUAUGUCAGCACUACAUGUCCCUCAGAUUU